CCCCGGCCGGAGCCGCCGCCGCCACCGGGCGCAGGUCGGGCCGGGCCGGGCCAUGGAGGGCGCGCGGCCGCCGGCCGCCUUCCCCGCGCUCUUCCCGCCGGGCCUGCACGGCAUCUACGGAGAGUGCCGCCGCCUCUACCCCGAGCAGCCCAACCCGCUGCAGGUCACCGCCAUCCUCAAGUACUGGUUGGGGGGACCAGAUCCGCUGGACUAUGUUAGCAUGUACAGAAACUUGGGGAACCCAGCGCUGAAUGUUCCUGAGCACUGGCAUUAUGUCAGCUUUGGGCUGAGUGACCUGUAUGGAGACAACCGCGUACACGAGUUUACAGGAACAGACGGGCCAAGUGGUUUUGGAUUCGAACUGACAUUUCGACUCAAGAGGGAAACAGGAGAGUCGGCACCACCUACGUGGCCAGCAGAGUUAAUGCAAGGCUUGGCCAGAUACGUCUUCCAGUCAGAAAAUACCUUCUGUAGUGGCGACCACGUGUCAUGGCACAGCCCUUUGGACAACAGCGAGUCUCGAAUCCAGCAUAUGCUGCUGACCGAAGAUCCACAGAUGCAACCAGUGCAGACGCCUUUUGGGGUUGUUACCUUCCUCCAGAUUGUCGGGGUUUGCACGGAGGAGCUGCACGCAGCCCAGCAGUGGAACGGACAAGGGAUCUUGGAGCUUCUCCGGACUGUGCCUGUAGCUGGAGGCCCUUGGCUAAUAACAGAUAUGCGAAGAGGAGAGACCAUAUUUGAGAUCGACCCGCACCUGCAACAGGAGAGAGUCGAUAAAGGGAUUGAGACAGAUGGUUCGAACCUGAGUGGAGUGAGUGCCAAGUGUGCCUGGGAUGACCUUAGCCGGCCUCCGGAGGACGAUGAAGACAGUCGGAGCAUUUGCAUUGGAACGCAGCCACGACGGCUGUCCGGGAAAGACACUGAGCAAAUCAGGGAGACUUUGCGGAGAGGGCUUGAGAUUAACAGCAAACCCGUCCUACCUCCAAUAAAUGCACAAAGACAGAAUGGGCUGAACCAUGACCGAGCACCGAGCCGUAAGGAUAGCUUAGAAAGCGAGAGCUCAGCAGCUAUCAUUCCCCACGAGCUCAUUCGCACGAGGCAGCUCGAGAGCGUGCACCUGAAGUUCAACCAGGAGUCCGGGGCACUGAUUCCACUCUGUCUAAGGGGCAGGCUGCUACACGGACGGCACUUUACAUAUAAAAGUAUUACAGGGGACACGGCGAUCACGUUUGUAUCGACAGGAGUAGAAGGAGCCUUUGCUACAGAAGAGCACCCCUAUGCAGCACAUGGGCCUUGGUUACAGAUCCUGCUGACCGAAGAGUUCGUCGAAAGGAUGCUGGAGGACCUGGAGGACCUGACGUCUCCGGAGGAAUUUAAGCUUCCCAAGGAAUACAGCUGGCCCGAAAAGAAGCUGAAGGUCUCCAUCUUACCAGACUCCGUGUUCGACAACCCGCUGCAGUAGAGCUGGAUCCCCCCGUGCCAUCUGGGAGAGCCACGUGACUGUACAUGACCCAGUGACUCACAGGCUAACAAAUGCAGUACAGACUAUUCCUGCACCUCGAAGGGACGGCCGCACAACCACUGCACACCCAGCCCAGACAGAACCGGACCACGUCAAGCCCCUUCCCUCCCCCCCGGCUCCCUGGGGCCGACCUGCCUAGGAGCAGCUGGCGCCCGUGGGAGGGCAACGGAUUGGGCUCCGGGGAGCCAGCGUGAGACCCCGCUGCCUCGUCCGGCUGCAGAGCUCCCCUGCUGCAGCCCAGGGCAUGGGUGCCUUGCGCACCUCUGCGCACAUGCAGGCUGCCAGGUGUGAGCACGUAAUCCCCGGAUUAAAUGUUCUGUGCGUGAUGCCAGGAUCCCUUUGUUUGCUGAGCGCUCCUGCCUGCAGAGCUGCUCCUCCGCGCUCAGGGUUCUUCCUCUGUAUAAGCAGCUGGGCUUUGCCGUGCGCUCAGCCCAUUGCUGAGAGGGGUGGCCCUGAAUCAAUGGCCAUUUUUGCAGUGGUCUUGGGACUCCAGCCCCAGGCUGAGGCCUUGAACCUUGCGGCUCAGGGGAGCCAGGCUGCAGCUGGGUCUUGGAGCAUAAGCCUCUGCAGGCUGCACCUAGGCAUGGAAGAGCAGGUCAUUAAUGGCAGCUUCGUUGGCGAUGGGCUGCAGGCCAUCACACUGGCCUGUUCGCUGCCAGGGUGGGGUGUUCUCUGGCCCUAAGGCGUCCUCCCGAGCCGGUGUUUCAGAGCAAAUCCCUCUCCUCUCAUUAGGUGGGUCCAGAUUUCUUCCCUGCCCUUUUCGACCUUCCAGCUAGCGCGGCUGCUUCUGUGGCCGUGUGAAGAGACCUUCAGUGAUCCUAACACCACUGACGCAACAGCAGUUAACACUUAGCUACCCCUGAUGCAACAGCCAAAACUCACAUGGACCUUGUCAUCGCUUCUAGUUUCAGGUUCCUUUGGGCAGAGGGGGAUUUUGUUAGUCUUCGCAGUGCUAUUCGGGGCUGCUUGAUGCUGGCUGAGGAGCAGCGUAGGAGCUAGGAGUUUGCCUAGGAGGAGGGAGGGGGUCCCGGCACAGCGGAGCCGGUGUUCCCGGGAGUGUCACUGGCAGCUCUUGAGGGAGGCACACUCCCUGGGCACAGAAGGGCUUUGCAACCAUCUGGGUCCCAGCCCCAUGCUGCUUAUCAGCAUGUCCUGGGUCCAGCGGAGAAGACAGGGACUCGAUAACAGCACUUGAGCUCCGAGGAGCAUCUCAAAAUCCUGCUUCAAAGAACACCACUUCGAACGUGCACGUGUCAGCCAGCACGUGGCGGCGACGGCCUUCACCUCCUAGCCAUACUUGGCCGCAGUCACUGUCCCGGUUAGUAGUCUGUGUGUGCCCGUGCUCUCUCCUGCAUCAUGGGCCCACAUCCAGGGGCCCCAGGGCAGAGAUCAGCCUGAAUAUGUCCCAGCCUUGCCCCCGGAUCACGGUGGAAGAGAACGAGCAGUUGUAUCUGGGUCCAGCAGGGUGAUGGGCACGCAGGCAAUUGGAGUCAUGCCCUUACUGCUGAGCUCACAUGCGUGGCAGCCCAUAAUUGCACCAAAAGAAGCUGAUGGUUUGCAUCUCCAUGGAAAAGCAACAUGAGGACAGUCAAGUGCUGCUGUUCCCAGGGAUCACCAGGGGCAGACCGUCGCUAAGCUCGGUGCCACUCUGAGAGCUUGAAAUUUCCUGCCCUAAGUCCCCUGGGGCCACGUGAACCUUUCUGCAAGGCAGCCAAGCACGUGCCACACGUAGGUGACGUUCCUCCUCCUGGCAGGGCUCCUCACUUCUGCCUCUUACACGCAUGUUGCAUCCAUGCUCAUGGGUGGAGGUCGUGGCUGGACCCACUGUGCGCCUCGGAGAUUCCCGCGUGCUACACAUCACAUCUGUAGAUCAGUCCGGCACAUGUUGUGGUCAGCUGACAUGUGACCAGUGUCUCCGUGUCCAAGACAUUGCCUUGCAAGCCCUGUUCGUCCCGCCUUGCCAACAGCCCAGUCACGCUAUGUCUCCACGGGUGGACGUGGGAUCCUCCUACGUCGUUUAGAAGCUAAAAUUGCUGCUAAGAGGAGACUCUCCAGCCUGCUGUUGACCGCUGACUGGGCUUUGCAGGCGAGGGCAGCCUGCGACUCCAGGAUCGCACUCCCCUCUCUUCAUUUUAGAGCGAGGAGGUUGCAAGUUGAUCAGUAUUUCAAGGACUCUUCCCCCAGUGCUCUCCUUUCCUCUUCUUCUGCUGAAGCCUGCAGCUGUGCCAAAGACUUGUUCAGUUGGCAAGAGACCUGGAUCUCAAAUUCCGACGUACUUGUAGCCAGCUUUUGUCUUGGUCAGUGGCCUGGAGGAGGGGGUGUGUGUGGAGAAAGAGCCCCCUGGAGACUUUUCUUUUAACGAGUAAACGGUAUAAAAAGGGCAACGCGCUGGAUGGACCUUGCGGGGGUUUUCCAAGCCGGGCUGGCUGAGAACAGCCGCUCCCAUCCUGCCGCCUUCGUACGUUCGUUCGGAGAUCUGCGACCUGGAAGCCACAAAACCCAAACGGGCGCAGCUCGCGCUGGCCGCAGACGGCACAUUAAUGGCAUUGGAAAUGAAACGGCGUCGCGUUUCCUCCUCGUUGAGGAAUCCCCGUCGUCUCCUGGCUCCCCUGUCGCGGAUGCUGCAGGAGCCCGGCACCGGAGACCACUGCGCUCGCCCUUCGAUCCCCGUGGGGUUGCACAGAGCAAGUGCCCAGCGUAAAACACCACGAAUAAAGAAGGGAUUUUAGUUUAAUCUGUAUCAAAACUUCAUUUAAGAUUCACUGAGCGAGCAGGAGCAUUCACCUGACAUGAUGCUGUCUGUGAACUGUGGUAGCAACCCAAUGACAAGAGCAUCGAUGUGGGUUUUUCCGGCUCGCUCUUUAAUCGCUAACGGGGUUUGCAGAAGUUCCUGCUGCUUCUGUCCUGCCCCCAGGUGCAAACCUGCGGGCUCAAUAACUGAGCGAGCCCCACUUCUUGUGCAGGUUGCUCCCUCGGUGAGACUGGUUGCCAGCCCCUGCCCAGGGAAACUCUUCCAGUGCCUCUGCUUUCGAGACCUUUCUCCUGAUCUUUUUCUCGGGGCUUUUAUUGUUAGAAAGAUCAGGUGAAAAAGGGACCUUCAUUGCUACCCGCUGUCUGUACCUGGUGUCUGCGCCCAAAGUCAGAGCCGGCCUUGGGGCCUUGUAACUGCGGUGCCUUAGCUCUCAUUUGAAUUCAACUCCAGGAGCAGCUCAGCUGUAAAGCGGCGGAGCUGGCUCUUCCAUGCCCACACUCCUCUUAAUAAUUACCACGAGAGUGGAGGGGAAAGGUUUCCCCAGAAAAGUGUCUAAAUGUUGAUGGCUUUGGCUCCGAGGCGUCGCAUCCUGGCAUCUGAAGCCUAAUUUCGGUCAUCGGCGCCCUCGCAGUUCUAGCAAGCUCAGUAGCAGCCGAUUGCCUUCGUAACCUUUUCCUAUAAAGGCAGUGUGUGCUCUUCCUGGACCCCCUCCCCUCCUAAAGCUUCAUUCAACGCGAGUCCAAAAUUUCAAAUGGAAAGCCAGCCCGCAGGUGACGGAGGCCUGACCUGCCCUGUGUUUCUCAGGCAAUUAACUCAGUGUGCAGUGCACUUCCUCAUUUCCAGCGCGACUCUGUUUCUUCCGAAAUUGCUUAGACGGCCGAAUCGCAGUCACGCUCAGCGGCACGCUCACCGAGGAGCUUCGUUUCGAGCUUCCCACCAAGGUGCCCGUUCCCUUUCCCCUGCCACGUGACGGGAGGUGGCCAAAGCGUUCAGCAGUCGCGUGCACCUCGUUAUUCCCGGCGGCAAUUGGGGGUCCCUAAUAACAGUGACAUCGUUGCAGAGAUCACCACAUGGUUGCAGAGCACACCAUGAAGCACCGCUGUGUUUUUUAAAUCGCUCCAAAUCGUUUUCUCUCCUUUUUGAAGGCAUUGUAAGAGCCGCUCUUCGCGGCUGAUGGCUCCGUCUGACGAGCGCAGCUUUCUCCUCCCUGAGCUCUGCUUUUUCCUAGCAAAGCCGGGAAUCCACAUGGCUUCUUUGUUCCUUUCCCGGGGCCCAGCGACAGCCUUGUUGAGUGCAGCUCCCUGAAUAUUGUCCCGCUGCAGCGCAGUGGCAGGUAGGAGGCUCCUACGGAUGCACGUUCGGGGGCCGGAUAGGGACAGGAUCAGGGCCAGGGACAUCUCUGUCUCCGUGCUGGGCCUCAGAUCCCUUUUAUCUAGAGUGUCACCCGAGGCUCGCACCUGCGUGAGCAAACGAGAGCCCGGCUGGGGGCAGGAAGAGGGGGAAGGCAGGUGACCGUGUCCUCCGGGCACAGCUGGAAGGCGUUGCCCUUUCGUCCUUGUCCUUUGGAUCUCGUUCAGCGCUACCAGACUCGUGACCCACCGUCCCCCUGCCCAGGUACUCACCCAGCAGCCUUCACGAGCAAAUCCAGGCCCGAGCCCUCUGCCCUUCUUUGAAAGUCCCAGUAGGUUUGGAUUCAAGCGCGGUCGGGAGCAGCGAGCAGGGUGCGUAGAGGAUGAUUAGCCAUAUUCACACUCCAGACUGAGGAAGGGAGCCGGUUAAAACCCUUUUCUCUCCAGUGACCCGGGUUGGGUACAAAGGCUUUUUCCUUCCCUACCAAGCUACCUUUAAAGGGAUAGAGCUUCUCGUUGUUGUGGAUGACACUAACCCUGUCCUGUUCUGGCCGCGCUCGGGCUAGAUCACCUCGGCCGUAACGAGGGUUUCCGAAGAGAGCGGACCCAGCCCGAACGCUGGCCGCCGGGGUUGCUCCCGCAGCUUCCAGCCAAGGUGAACCUUUUUGUAGUUCAUCUGUUUCACGCGCGCGUUUCUUACUAGGAUCCUAAGGACGCUGCAGACUCGGCGCGGAAGGAGCCAGCGUGUCGGUCCUUUGUAGUUGGCCUUUUUUGUUUUGUUUUUUACAGAAGAGAGAGACGGAGGUGGAACUAGCCGAGGCUUUGAACUAUUUUCUAUUAGUUUCUAACGUCGGUUCUUGCCCUGGCCCAGUGGCGCCGAGAGCAGCUCCCCCGCACGCGACUUUUGUAAUAUUUUUGUGACUCACUAAACGUUUUCUCUUCUCGUGUAUUCCAAGUGCAUUAAAUGUAUUUGCAUA